GUUGGGCUGUAGAGAAGGCUAAAGAUUAUCAAGCUGUUGUCAUUGCAAACAACAAUAUACCAUCUUUCUCAACUUCAACCACCACAAUUACCUAGUAGAUCCAAGUAUCUCCAUUAGAUUCCGGAUAUUGUGAAUUUUCCUACUAUUCUACUCAAAGUUUCUUGAUAUACCAAGAACAAGAUGGUGAGCUUUUGUUAAUUGGUGAUUUGUAUGAGCGGCGAUGUUAACACAUUCUCAAAGGGUCAACAACCAUCUGGCCUUGGUGGUAACCAACCAGGCGGGGAUGGAAAAGAUGAUAAAUCCAAGAAGGUAUGUAAUAGAUUUCAUGAUAGAAAUGGAUGAUGGACUAAUUACCCACCAAUAGAAGGAUAAGCCAAAGUACGAACCACCACCAAGACCAACAACUAGAAUCGGCCGCAAGAAGCGUAAGGCUGCUGGUCCAAACGCAUCCGCAAAGUUACCAGCGGUGUAUCCUACAUCUCGAUGCAAACUCAGAUAUCUUCGAAUGCAGCGAAUUCACGAUCAUUUACUCCUCGAAGAAGAAUAUGUUGAAAACCAGGAACGUUUGAGAAAGGCCAAGGCUGCAAAGGAAGGCACUGCAGCGCCUGCGACCGUUGGAGGCGAUCCAGAUGCCGCUGACAGAAAUGCUGAUGAGAGAGGUCGUGUGGAUGAUAUGCGUGGUAGUCCGAUGGGGGUCGGAACUUUGGAGGAAAUGAUUGAUGAUGAUCAUGCUAUCGUUUCAAGUACCACUGGUCCUGAAUAUUAUGUCUCCAUCAUGUCUUUCGUCGAUAAAGAUCUCUUGGAACCCGGUGCAAGUGUUUUGCUACACCACAAAUCCGUCUCGAUUGUUGGUGUUCUCACUGAUGAUACUGAUCCUUUGGUUUCAGUUAUGAAGCUCGACAAAGCUCCAACAGAAUCUUACGCAGAUAUUGGUGGUCUGGAAUCGCAGAUUCAGGAAGUGCGGGAAUCGGUCGAAUUACCAUUACUACACCCUGAAUUGUAUGAGGAAAUGGGUAUCAAGCCACCCAAGGGUGUUAUCCUCUAUGGUGCGCCAGGUACUGGAAAGACUUUAUUGGCAAAGGCGGUUGCAAAUCAAACGAGUGCGACAUUCCUGCGAAUCGUUGGUAGUGAGUUGAUCCAAAAGUACUUGGGUGAUGGACCUAGACUCGUUCGACAACUUUUUCAAGUACGUAUAUCUUCAAUGUCUAUUUGCACAAUACACAUACUCAUGUUUAUAGGUUGCCGCCGAAAAUGCACCAUCCAUCGUCUUCAUUGAUGAAAUCGAUGCCAUCGGUACAAAACGUUACGAGUCUACAUCUGGUGGAGAGCGUGAAAUCCAGAGAACCAUGUUGGAGCUUCUCAAUCAACUUGAUGGUUUUGACGACCGUGGAGAUGUCAAGGUCAUUAUGGCUACAAACAAGAUUGAUACUCUUGAUCCUGCUCUCAUCCGCCCUGGACGUAUCGACCGAAAAAUUCUUUUCGAGAAUCCUGAUCAACACACUAAGCGCAAGAUUUUCACCCUUCACACAUCUAAAAUGUCCUUGAACGAGGAUGUUGACUUGGAAGAAUUCAUCAACCAGAAGGAUGACCUUUCAGGUGCUGAUAUCAAGGCGAUCUGUUCUGAGGCUGGAUUGAUGGCAUUAAGAGAGCGUAGAAUGCGUGUCCAAAUGGCAGAUUUCAGGGCUGCAAGAGAACGUGUCCUGAAGACUAAGAGUGAGGGUGAGCCUGAGGGCUUGUACUUGUGAGGCGGAAGAUGGACGAUGAGGUGAAGGAAGUGUAUGAUAAGCUAGAGCGCCUGCUUCUUUUCGUAGCUCGUGUAUUCUAGAUAUCCCACGGUUAAUGCAUCUGGUGUUUCGACGUGUUUUU